UGGGGGAAUGGAUGGAGAACUUUUGGCCUUCGGUUCUGACUAGGUUUGACCCAUCGCAUGGUGGAGUGCUUGGGGCUGGGGUGUGCCGGGAUGGAUGGGGCAUUGGCAGGUCUAUCGAGAUGUCCUGGUUGUGAGAAACCGCGGCAAGAUUGCCCUCAAGUGCAUCGUUAAGGAGCCGAAGGAACUGGUUGGGUUCUUUGAAGUCCACCCUCACCUUGGAUACGUCCAGUCAAACGACUCCUUCUCCUUCUAUCUGAAACUUCGGCCAAACAAAGACCUUGUACAGCAGUGCCAGUCAUACGGCGACCCGCAAAGGAAUGCCAUUGCUGUGCCCAUCCGUGUCCACGUACCAGACCAGGUCCAGCCCAUUUGGACCGUGAUCAAGGCACGCCUCACGCCCUUUGAAAUUGUGUUCAAGCCAUCAUCUAUACACUUUGGUCCUUGUGCUGUCGGCGAGUCGGUUUCAAUGGAUGUGCAAAUCACCAACACAUCAGUUCUUCCACAAGGGUAUGGAUUUCCAAGGCUUCCGGAGCAUAUCAAGAUCCUUCAAGGGAAGCAGUACGGGACCCUGUUGGGGUACGAAACCUCGAUCCUGAAGAUGGUGUUUUCCCCGAAUGCACCUGGGCAUUAUGUCUAUGCACUGGAGUGCAUGGGUAUGCUUAGUCCGAAGAAACUGUACGAGGUUCCUUGCACAGGGGACGGGGUGGCGGCGCCCUUGCAGUUUUCUCCGAAUAACGUCUACAUGCCCGCAACCCCUGUAGGCGACUCGUCGACUUCAUCUGUCCUCAUCAAGAACUUGUCUACAUGGCCUCAGUCCUUUGAGGUCUUGCUGCCUGCCCAAGGGGACAUUGGAAUAAGCCCACUUGUGGGUACCGUACCCCCCAAAAAAGCCAUUAGGGUCCAAAUUGACUACUACGGGCCAGGGACAAACAAGCAGGACACGGAACUGCAGGAGGGUACGCCUGGGAGUCCGAAACUUACUGAUACGGUGGAAAAGGACGAGCUGCUGCAAGUGGGAGCACCUGUGGGUGGCGAUUCCGCAGGUCUCUCGUCGUCAGCAAUGACGGCGACCACCAGUCAGAAAACUUCCGGCAAGACCCCCCCAAGUGCAAACAGUGGAAGUGUGAGUCAGAUGGAGAGCAGCACAAGGCCUUCAAGUCGAGAGGGAAAUACGGCUAAGCAUGACAAAUCACAAACUGCAAAGACAGGCCAAAGGAGCCGAUUUGCCCCAGCUCCCGGCAAAGACGGGGCUUCCACAAGCCCUACCGCUCAGGCCACAAUGGCGGUGGCUACGCCUGAUAAGACCUUCGAUCCUGCUCAGUCGAUUGUUCAGCAAGGCAUCGAUGGUGAGCAAAGCGGUUCGCCGUUGCAGGGACUGACUGUGGAUCCCACUGUGACAGAAUCAAGGGACCCUUCCGAUGGCACCAAGGAUCCCGAUGGAAGUAGUAGUUCUCCCUCAGGUCCAACUGAAGAGAAGAGUCCAAAUGCCACCACAGGGGCCCCAAAUAAGCAGCCACCGAUAUUCCAACGGAGGGUGUGGGUAAUUGGGUGUGUUAUCAAAGCGCGGGUUCCUGAAACAGCAGUCAUCGCCACGAGGGAUCCCGGGCCCGCGCCACUUAACAAGCUCCAAGGCCCGGAAGGGGACGGUUCUGCUCCUGUGGCUUCUGGAGGUGGCCCUCCACCAGAGACCACCCCGAUAGUACCGAAGGGGCAUAAUCUGAUCAUACAUCUGCAGGUUACUACUGUUGAUGUUGAUCCUCAGCUGGGACUCGAUGGAGUCACACCAAACGAUGGACAAGUUAGGCACGAGUCCAAUGGCCAGGGAUGCGCAAAAAUUCAAGUCCUGGAAUUUGGUAAGGUAGCUGUGGGCCAGAAGGUCCUCAAGAGAUUCGUUGCAAACAAUCUAGGGAGUCAUACUCUGAGAAUCCAGUCGAACUUGCUCGGCCACGACGGCAUCUUUGUGAUGCUCAAUGCAUUACGCGACCUGGUGCCGGGCAAAAAGAGUGGCGACAUCAGUAAGGAGACUCCUUCAGCCAAGGAACUCGAUGGAACCAUCGGCCGGUCUCAGCAUUCUAUCGCAAUCGAGUUUGUGCCAGCUGCAACUGCCUCGUAAGUCCCGAUGAAGCUCGAGGCGCCCUUGCAUUC